GGCACUCACCCCACACACACACUCACACGCACGCACACACGCUCCCAGACAUGCCCACACAGGAAACUGUACCAUUGUGAGCCCGUCAUCUUAAAACAGAACAACUCACUAAGAAAUCUGCGCGAAAAAUGCUGCAAAAGCUGACAUUAACUCUCCUCAUCAAUUUAAUCUUCAUGUUCUCCCCUGGUAAAUUUGCAUCUUCAUGCAUCUACACAGCUGUGGGUGAUACAGUUAUUAUUCCAUUUGAAGGUGCAAAAUUACUUGAAGAUGAUGAACUAAGAUGGGCACAUAAUGAAAGGAAAGUUUAUUUUAAAAAACAUUCACAAGUUAAGAUCAAUGUGUUCAAUGUUACCCAAAAUGGAUCUGUGAUACUGGAGAACGUACAGAAAAACAGUUCUGGGGAGUACAAGGGCAUCAUCUAUAAUACAAAUGGAACCUUAAAAAAGCAAACUGUACAACAGCUCUGUGUACUGGAGCCAUUACCUGAACCCACAGUUUUGGUGGAGUGCAUAGAAAAAGGAGUAAAUCUGACUUGUGCAGUGAACUACAGUGAAGUUGUUGUGUCCUGGAUGAAAAAUGGCAUGAAGGCUAAUGUGACACACACUGUUUUACACAUCAGCUCAUCUGAGCUACAAUCUGGAAAUAAUUUCUCAUGCACAGUCAGCCACAUGGGAAGACACAAGUCAGCAAAAGAGGUUAAGCCAGUGUGCUCUGACACAGGCUUAGAUUUAUGGUGGAUGCUGGUGAUCCUUACAGGGGGAGGAAGUGUCCUCCUCAUACUCUUCAUCAUCUGCCUAGUCUGUGUCUGCCGCUACUGCAGACGAAAGAAGAGGAAAGCAAAAGAGGAAGAAGAGUACCGGCUUACAUCUCUAAUGCCCUAUCACAAUUUUCUGCCUGAUGAGCAGUACAUGCAGAAAACCACAUUGCCGAGGCCUUCCAGAAGCCAGCGUCCUCUUCCACCCUUACCCAACCCCCGAGGUCCUCCUUGUGUUGGACCCCCAUGAGAGAACAACACUCUUAAAAAUAAAGGUGCUUCACUAUGGCACAGAAUAACCUUUUGUCUAAAUGGUUUCAGAAAGAACCUUUAACAUCGGAAGAAACUUUCUGUUUCACAAACGGUUCUUUGUGGAGAAAGAACGUUAAAAAAAAAGUGAGAAAGAGAUGGUUCUUUGUGGAACCAUAAAUGGUUCUUCUAUGACAUCGCUUGAAGAACCUUUUGAAGCACCCUUAUUUUUAAGAGUAAACAGACUUCAAAAGACAUUGAGACUAAAACCAAGACACAAAGGGACUACCAAUGAAAACUAGCCGUCGAGCUAAUAUGGGUACAUUCACAUUCAUAAAUUUUGAUUAAUAUACAUUGUCUCUCUUUUGAAACUAAAUAAAUAAAUAACCAUUGCUGAAUGUAAUAUUGUAUAUUGUAUAAAAUUGAUCAUAUAAACUAUUGGUCACAAAAAUUAGGAAUAAUUAAGUAAUAAUUAAAUGAUAAAAACGAAUAAAUAAAAUAAUUUUUUUGGGGGGGUCUCUUAAGCUCACUAAACGAUGCACAAAAAAAAGAAAUAUAAGAAAAUUGUAUGUAAAAGAUUCAGAAGCAUCUGAUCAUGUUUUUAUUUUAACUCUUGAUAUUUUUAUGAUAAUUGAUAAUCUUUAUAUUAUUUUUUGCUUUAUUUUAUUUUUUUGAAGGGGGGGUUCAACACUUUUUCUCAUACUUUUACAUAGUAUGCUUGAUGAUUGCAAAUUUUUUGCUAUUGAUUUAAACUCCUUUGCAAAUAGAAAUCAUUCCACUGAAUCUAGGUCACUUCCGUAGAGUAUGUGCAGUUCUACAUGAUGUUUUGUGAUUGGGCUCUGCGACCCCACCUUUGUACAUGCAAGCACAACAGACUUGUUCUUGCACUUUUCCGGUUUUACCUGAUGUUAUUGAAUUGUGGUUGUGAG